AUGUGGUCGUUCGGAUCAGAGGUGCCAUCAUAUGGGUCGAUGGAAGGCACCUUGACUUUGUUCGGGGUCGGUGCUUCGAUGAUCUGUCUGCUAAAAGGAUUUAGGAAGCUGAGGUUGCCGAGCUACACCUCGUCCCGAGGGGGGGUUGGUUCUCGUCUCCCAGUCCGAGGAGGUUCUCUCUCCGUUUGGGUGUGUCUAUCAGCCCCUCUUCCAGAUGUCCUUCGACUUCUCCAUGAGGUCGCGGGUCGCUGGCAUGGAUCGACUCGAGCACGUGAUCGUGUCGAGAAGACAGCACUGGACCAUGACGCGACUGAUCGUCCACAUGUCUGGAGGCCGAGGACCUUCCUUGAGAGGGUGACUGGCCAAGCUGGCUGUACCCCUAACCAAACGACGUCGUGUGAUGCGGGUACAGCCAGCGCUGGCUGGUUUAUUUCGAUUUUUUCUCUCUCCUCUGUUUCGAUGGAGCUCGCAGUUAUGGAUAAUUCUGAAGCUCUUUUCGAAUCUAAUUCUGGAAUUUUAAGUACAUUGAUGUCAGAAUUGAAUAAGGAAGUAAGUCUUUUUGUUGAAGGGUCAGAAUCUAUGUUAAUGAUGAAGGAAGCUAAAAAUGAAGACGAAGCUUAUGAUUUGUAUAAUGAAUAUGCUUUUAGUAAAGGUUUUGGUAUUAGGGUUGGGAAAGGUCGGAAACGUCAAAACAGUGAACUUUAUACUAUGAAACGGUUAUUGUGUAGCUGCGAAGGGGUUAAAGAUGAAAAAAGGAAGAGAACAAGGUCUUAUGCUAGAUUGGAUACACGUACUGGGUGUACUGCUUUUGUUCAGUUUUCUAUUGGUAAGGAUGGUGUGUGGACCGUUGUGAAUCAUAAUAUGAUUCAUAAUCAUGCUAUGGUUCCUCUAAAUAAGAGGCAUUUGAUAAGAUCACAAAGGAAGGUUAGUAAGGAGGCUCUUUACUUUAUGUCUACUUUAAAAUCUAGUGGUGUUAAAGUGUCUGAUACCUUGAGGGUUUUGAGGAAAGAAGUAGGCGGAUCUCCUAUGGUUGGUUUUACAGCUAGUGAUGCUUAUAAUGCUUUAUCACGUGCAAAAGCUAAUAAACUUGAAGGUCAUGACUGUCAUAAGUUAAUCAAGUAUUUUGCUCAGAGAAAUUCCAGUGAAGAAGGUUUUUAUUAUGACUUUGAGCUUAGUGAAGAAGAUGGACUUUUAAGUUUCUUUUGGCGUGAUGGUAGGAUGAAGAGAGAUUAUGAUUAUUUUGGGGAUUUAUUGGUUUUUGAUACUACUUAUAGGACCAAUAAAUAUGAUAUGAUUUGUGCUCCUUUUGUUGGUAUGAACCAUCAUGCUAAUAAUGUUAUGUUUGGAAUGGGUUUUGUUAUCAAUGAAAAAACAGAAUCUUUUAAUUGGCUUUUUCAAACUUUCCUUACAUCAAUGGGUGAAAAUCCUCCAAUAACCAUUAUGACAGACCAAGCUCCAUCAAUUGCUGCUGGGAUAAAGAAUGUUUUUCCAGAUACUAGACAUAGAUUAUGUACGUGGCAUAUUGGGGAGAAUUCAAAGAAGCAUAUUGGGCAGUAUAGAGCUUUAGAUGGUUUUUCUAACAUAUUCAAUUAUCUUCUGAAGUAUUGUGAAACUGCUGCUGGAUUUGAAUAUCAUUGGCCAAGAAUGUUGACUCACUAUAAAUGCGUUGAAAAUCCAUGGUUGAAGAAUUUAUAUACAAUCAGAGAGAUGUGGUGUCCUGCUUAUUCUAAGAACUAUUGGUCUAGUGGUGUGUUAUCAUCACAGUGUUGUGAAACUACCAACAAUUCAGUUUUCCAUCGACUUGAUAAGACACAAGGCUUAUGUGAUUUUUAUCAUGUUUUUUUGGAUGUUAUUUCUGAGUGGAGGAGCAAAGAGAAUGGUCAUGACUACAGAAAUUGGAAAGGUAGACCAGAAGUUGCAGCUGCAAAUUGCGGAAUUCUUCUUCAUGCGAGAAAGAUUACACUAUAG